AAGCAAGUUUUUUGGUGGUUCUGAGUGGUGACAGUGUGACACACUCUCACACACGAGAUAUAUAUAUAUAUAGAGACCACAUGGGGGCCGGCAGAAGCAAACAAAACAAAGAGGAUUGGGUUUGGAUUCAUAUCACAAACCAACGUGCGUCCUGGUUUCCUCCUCUGUCUCGGACAAAACCAAGAGACAAACCUCUCCUCCUCCUCCUUCUUCCUCCUCCUCAUCCUCUUGGGUGGAUCUCAUCUUCAGAUCACAUCCAAGCAGCGCAAGCAAGAGAGGAGACGCGCUCCACCGUCGGCAACCAAACCAGGCAAAGGGCGGCGAUGACGUUCGACAAGGUGGAGGAGCUCCGGCCGGGCACCUACGGCCACAACCUCCAGCUCCGGGUGCUCAGCGCCAAGCCCGUCGUCCUCCACAGGCCGCAGGGCGGCAGGGCCGGCGGCAACAUGCGCAUCGCCGAGUGCAUCGUCGGCGACGACACCGGCGUAGUCGUCUUCACCGCACGCAACGAGCAAGUGGACAUCAUGAAGCCCGGGGCAGUCGUGGAGGCGAGGAAGGCGAGGGUGGACAUGUACAAGGGGUCGAUGCGCCUGGCGGUGGACAAGUGGGGGACGCUCAAGGCCGCCGAGAGCCCGGCCGACUUCAAGGUGAAGGAGGACAACAACGUGUCCUUGGUCGAGUUUGAGCUCAUCACCGUGAUGCAGUGAUUGAAGAAGGCUCCUCCUCCUCCUCGCCUAUGAGGAGGAGGAGGCACAGGAGGCUCAGCAGCUGUUAGGCUGAGCACAAAGCAAUAAACCGGCCAAUCAUGGCUCAUGUUCUUCACCCCCUCCCCCCCUCUCUCUGUUUACUGUUUAUUUGCUGGAAGUUUUGCUAGUCCUGCUACCUUGGAUUAAUUGUCGUUAGUAAUACAAUAUAUGUUUGUUUGUGCGGAGUUGCAUCCA